CGGUCCCCGAAGGUGGCGAUUUCUCCCGGGCCGGCGGCGGCCGGGCGCAGGUGGGCAGGCCGGGCUGGCCCGGGAUCCGGUCUCGGCGUCGGGAAAUGGCAGCGGGGGACCGGAUGGAGGACGGUUCUUUGGAAGUCAUGCAGAGUGUUGACGACGACCCACUUCUGGACGCCCAGCUCCUGCCGCACCACUCACUGCAAGCCCAUUUUAGACCCAGGUUCCAUCCUCUCCCUACAGUCAUCAUAGCGCAUCUUCUCUUGUUCAUCCACGUGGUGUUUGUUGUUUUGGCCUUUUUAACAGGUGUGCUUUGCUCCUACCCUAAUCCAAAUGAGGACAAGUGCCCAGGAAACUACACCAACCCGCUGAAAGUGCAGACAGUCAUCAUCCUGGGAAAAGUCAUCCUGUGGAUUCUGCAUCUCCUUCUCGAACGCUACGUCCAGUACCACCACAGGAAAGUGAGAAGCCGGGGUUACAGCCUGAUCUACCGCUCCACCAGGCAUCUGAAAAGCCUCGCGCUCAUGAUACACUCGACUGGCAGCACGGCCCUCCUCCUCAUACUGUGCCUGCAGCACUCCUUCCCCGAGCCCAGCAGGUUGUAUCUCGACCUCAUCCUGGCCGUGCUGGCCCUGGAACUCAUCAGCUCCAUGAUGUGUCUGCUCCUUUACGCAGAGAAAAUUAGAAAAUUUAAUAGAGCCAAACCACAGCCUGAUGUACUUGAAGAAGAAAAAAUCUGUGCUUACCCCAGCAAUAUUACCUCAGAGACUGGAUUCAGGACCAUUUCAAGCCUAGAAGAAGUCGUGGAAAAGCAAGGAGACCUAAUAGUAUACCUGAAACGACACAACGCACUGUUGAGUAAGCGACUGUUGGCGCUCACUUCCUUGGACCCAGGCUCUCAAUCAAGUAGAACGUGAGAAAGUGCCACACAGAGGAACACAGAGGAAGUGGGGGUGAUUCGAGCUGGACCGCCUGCCCGAUAAGCUGCCAUAGACAGCUGCUGCUUUUGCUGAACGAUGUUUUAUGCUUUUCCUUGAAAACAUGAAUUUGGUUCUGGUCUGUGUCACUGUUCAACAUGCAGGGCUCCUGGAUCAUUUGAGAUGUAUUUUGAAGAUGCCCUGAUAACCUGAGGAGAAUGCCUGUUGUGUACAUUUUGAAAUAAUGAACUGCUUGGUUUAUCCUAGGAUCAAAGGAGUAGUUUAAACAUCUCCAUGGUCAAUAGUUUUUCUUCCUGACAUAAGAACCCUCUCAUAGUUUGGCAGUUUAUAGAGGAAAACUGACAUGGCAAUCUAUUUUAAAAACAGGGGUUCAAUCAAAUAAGUUCUCUCUGUUGUUAAGUUGAAAUCAUCAUUCUUGUGGGGAACGCUGUUGUUUCGUGUAGAGCCUUAUCAGAUGUCUGAGCUGCCUGUGUGGUACUGGACAAGCACUUAGGACAGUGGAUUUAAUCAGCAAGUCCCAACUGUAGAGCCACUAUGUCCCUGGGUGCUUCACUAUGCAAACGCCUAUCGUUCUCUCUUCAGAAAUAAGACGACUGCUCAGAUGCAAACCAGGGCUGCCUUUGACAUUAGCAGGACCUCCCAUUGGCCUGGCUGAGUAAUUAGAAAAGAAUUUAGAACUUGCACUUUAUUUUUGCCCUUCUUCCAGAAGUUGCCUUGUAUUUCAGUAUUGAUUAUAUCUUACUUGGAGCAUUAAGUUCACAUAUAAGAGAGGAAUCUUCUCUGGUCAUAAAUCUAAAUACGAAAAAAAAAAAAAAAGACUUUUCUAAGUCUUAGAAUAGACUUAAAAACUGAUUGGGGCUAAAAUAUCCAAUUGAUUUAUAUAGAGAUAUUAAACAUAUCUAAUUCUUGAGAUAAAAUGAAGUAUUUUAUGAAUAAAUGGCAUUGUUUCUCUAUUUUCUCCCUUUAUGGAUUUGCUGUCUGCACCUUGACGUGAUACCUUCAAAGACCUUUGGUUGAAGGCUUAGCGAAGAAAAGCAAUAUCUGAUUAUGUAGGCUGUGAACCUUCUUUGGUCAUUAGCUGAAUAGCUGGUAUUUUACUUUGAAAGCUGUACAUCACUGGGGAGGCAGAGGGCACAGCAGGCUGAGCCUCCACUGGAGACACCUGCAUCCCGUAUCAGAGCGCCUGGCUGCAUCUUGGCUACUCCUGCUUCUAAUGCAGCUUCCCACUGAUGUGUCUGGGCAGCAGCAGGUGAUGGCCCAAUUAUGUGGGUUCCUGCCACUCAUGUGGGAGACCUCGAUGGAGUUUAUGCCUCCUGGCUUCAGCCAGGCCCAGCCCUGGCUGUUGCAGGCAUUUGGGGAGUUGAACCAGUGAAUGGAAGAUUUCGCCCUCCUUCUCUGUUGCUGUGAUUUUCAAAUAAAUCUAUGUUUUAAAUGCUAUUCCUAACUAUACUGGAUGUAACUGGACAAGGGAUGUGUUCGUUUGGUAAUAACCGCUGUUGCUCCUGGAAAGCAGAAACCUGUUUCCUUUAGCUGUAGUUAUUGCUGGACCAGAAAGAUGGCCAUGUGUCACCUGCAAGCAACACAGCCAAACCUUCACGACAAUGACAUUCCCCAACAGAAGCCAAAUUGUACUCAGGUUUUCAGUUCAGAGUGUGCCCAAGUUCCUUCCCUCCUUCCUUUUCUUUUUCCCUUCAUUUUACUAAGUCUCAAGCCAUUGCCUUCUCUGAACAUCUGUUUCUAGGUAUUGGAAGAGCCUCUAAACCUUGACUUUAGCUGCUUUCCUCCUCAAAACAAAUACACCAGUGGUAGUUAAUUAAUUCUGAUUUCUUUUUAAGCUCAACUGUCAUCAGUUUCUGAGACUUAGGGGAUAAUUUUGAUUUGCAGAGAAAGAUACACAAAACAAGUUAGGAUGUUCAAGUUCUCUUGUAGAUCUGUAUAAUCGCCAACACUUGUAAAUUCAGUAGUGAACAUUUCAGACAAUAAAUGAAAAUGAAGCUAGGUAUCAGAACAAGAAAAUGGAAAAGUAAACAAAACAAUUUCUACGUAAAGCACACUUUGUGUGUCCAGUGGGCUGGCACUGUGCUAGCACUGUGGAUUCAGAAGUCAAAGACUGGUUUCAGGUUACAUUCCAAUCUGACAAGAAGAGGAUUUCUAGGCUCUGCACUAAGUGUAAUAAUGGAAGGGAAGCCCAAUGUACUAUUAAGUGUGGGAGGGUACCUAGGGGGAAGAGUGUUUUAGGAAUUUCAGGCAAGUUAAUGCGUAAGGAAGCCAGAAGUACUAUAUGUAGUUUUUUGUUUUGUUUUAUUAAAUAUUUCUUUAUUUAUUUGGAAGGCAGAGUUACAGAAAGGCAGAGGGAGAGAGAGAGAGGAGUGUCUUCCAUCCGCUGGUUCACUCCUCACAUGGCUGCAGUGGUUGGACCUGGGCAGAUCCAAAGCCAGGAGCCAGGAGCUGCUUCUGGGUCUCCCAUGAUGGUGCAGGGGCCCAAGGACUUGAGCCAUCUUCUACUGCUUUCCCAGGCCAUAGCAGAGAGCUGGAUCGGAAGUGAGCAGCCGGGACUCAAACUGACACCCAUGUGGCAUGCUGGCACUGCAGGCAGCAGCUUUACCCGCUUUGCCACAGUGCCAGCUCCUAUAUGUAGUUUUGACCAAUGUGAGGUGAGAGGUAGACAAGAUCAGAUCUUGAAGGGUGUUGAUGCAAUAUGGAGGGGUUCACACUUUCUCUUGUUGCAAUCAGAACCACUGAAGGAUUUCAAGCAAGGAAGGGAGAUCACUUUUAGGAGAAUCCAAUUGUAGUUCAGUCUGAAGAAAAGAUGGCCCUGAAUGAGGGCAGAUGUAGUGCCCUCUUGUGAGUAUAAAUAUUUGUGUGUGUGUGUAUGGAGAUGCUUAUCUGUGUAUGUGUUUUCCAAAUGACAAUAGCAUCACGACUUAGUGUAAAAUUAAAAGCUCAUUAUUUUUAAUGGCAAUAUUGAAAAAUAUAAAGAAAACUAUUUCAACUGCCACUACCAAGGAAUUGUGCCAUUUUAUACAGCUUGUUAUCUCAUACCUUUGCCAAUUGUGGGUGAUAUCAAUUUAAGUAAUCUAGCCCAUUUGGGUGGGUUAUUACUUCAAAUUGUAUUUCUUUGAAUACUAAUGAGGUUGAGCAUUUUUUCCCAUGAUCUUUGGCCUUUUAUAAAUCUUUUGUGACAUGUA